UCAUCUCCGCGCAGGAGACCCCGUGGUGGUGAACAUCAGCAUUUACCUCAAGAGCUUGGGCGACAUCCGCGAGUCCACCAUGGACUACCGGGUGACCCUCACGCUGUGGCAGCGCUGGAACGACGACCGCCUGCGCUACAGCAGCCGCGACUUCAACGCCACCGACCUGGACGAGUCCAACGCGGCCUUCAUGUGGAAGCCCGACCUCUACUUUGGCAACGAGGAGAGCGCCACGGUGCACACCGUCACCACGCCCAACAGCAUGCUGCGGAUACACGACAACGGGGACGUCCUCUACUCCAUGAGGCUGACGCUCACCCUCAGCUGCCCCAUGGACCUCCGCACGUUCCCCAUGGACACGCAAACCUGUCCCUUGCUCAUCACCAGUGCGAGCUACACGGAGCGAGAUUUGCUUCUCCGCUGGAGGGUGGAGCAAGCCAUCGUGUUGGCUGACGACCUCAGCAUCCCCCAGUUCGAGUUGGACCGCAGGAUCACCCUGGAGGACUGCACAGAGACCUACCGCACAGGCCUGUUCCCGUGCCUGAAGGCGACGUUCACGCUGAGCAGGCAGAUGGGCUACUACGUGACCCAGGUGUACGUGCCCAGCCUGCUGCUCGUCAUGGUCUCCUGGCUCUCCUUCUGGAUCAACAAGGACCCGGCACCCGCCCGGGUCAAUCUGGCCGCCACCACCAUCCUCAGCAUGAUCACCAAGAGCACCGACUCCCGGUCCUUCCUGCCCAAGGUGUCCUACGCCACCGCCAUGGACGUGUGGAUGGCCACGUGCCUGGUGUUCGUGAUCGCUGUGCUGGUGGAGUACACGCUGGUACAGGCCACGGCACGCCGGGCCAAGGACUCCAAAGUGGUGGAGGAGAGUAAGGAGUCUCCGGCCGAGCUGGAGAAGAAGUUCACGCGGCAGGCGGUGAUGGUGGAUGUGAAGGCGCGCUUCGUGUUCCCCGCGGCCUUCGCCGCCUUCAACGCCGUCUACUGGGUCACCUGCGUCGUGGGCCUCAAGAGCCUGCAGUGAAGACACCACCACAGAGACACCACCACCACAGAGACACCACAGAGACACCACAGAGACACCGUGUCCACCACAGAGACACCACAACCACAGAGACACUGCACUGAUAACGCCGUCUACUGGGUCACCUGCGUCGUGGGCCUCAAGAGCCUGCAGUGAAGACACCACCACAGAGACACCGCAGAGACACCACAACUACAGAGACACCACAACUACAGAGACACCACAGAGACACCACAGAGACACCACCACCACAGAGACACCACCACCACCACAGAGACACCACAACUACAGAGACACCACACUGAUAACGCCGUCUACUGGGUCACCUGCGUCGUGGGCCUCAAGAGCCUGCAGUGAAGACACAACCACAGAGACACCGCAGAGACACCACAGAGACACCACAACUACAGAGACACCACCACCACCACAGAGACACCACAACUACAGAGACACCGCACUGAUAACGCCGUCUACUGGGUCACCUGCGUCGUGGGCCUCAAGAGCCUGCAGUGAAGACUCAGCAGAGACACCACAACUACAGAGACACCACAACUACAGAGACACCACAACUACAGAGACACCAC